AUGGCAUCAAACAAUACUCCUAACAUUCGCAAACUAGUUCACAACCGACCUCAACCUCCUAGUCAAUCAGAAGAGACAGCAGAACAGCGUAGGGAGAGAGGGUUAUGGUCUUCACAAGAUGACUUAGUCCUGAUAAGUGCCUGGUUAAACACAUCGAAGGAUGCAGUAGUUGGGAAUAGCCAAAAGGCAGGGUCCUUUUGGAUCCGUAUAGGAUACUAUUACGAAACAAGUAGUCAUGUAUGUGGUGGUGCUGAGCCUAGGCGUCCUCACCAUUGUAGACAAAGAUGGCAAAAAAUCAGUAAGGAAGUGAGCAGGUUCUGUGGAGCUUUUGCAGAGGCAGAGGGUGAGAAAGCUAGUGGCAUGAACGAUGUAGACGUUUUACAAAAUGCUCACCAAAUCUACACGAAGCUGUACAAGAAGAAGUUUGCUUUGGAGUAUGCUUGGACUGUGCUACGCUUUGAACAGAAAUGGGCAAACCUGGAGACUAUGAACCCCACUCCAAAGACAACCAGUUCGAACAAAAGGAAAGCUGAUGAUGCUGCUGGAUCGACAAGUUCUGUCGUUGGUGAGCACGAGAGCAGACCUCCGGGCAUAAAGGCAACAAAAAAACUAAGGAACAAAGGCAAAGAUAAGGCUACACCAUCUGCAGAGUUUAGUCACAUGUGGGAGAUAAAAUAG